UUUGUGGUUAGAUAACUAGGUAGCUAGCCUAGUAGUAUCAAUCUCUUCACUAGGAGCUAUGUGUUUUGACUUGGUUGCUAGCUACCUACUUCCUAAACAUUAAUGUUUGCUACUGUUUUUCAUGUUAGCUACGCAGCUGAACAAUUGGCGGAAAACAGUGCCUUCGUUGUGUGCAGAUGUACAAAGUACGGGAGGAUAAUGGCAACUGCACAAUCAGCGCUUACGUUUGCAGUGUGCGUCCUGAUGAUAACAGAACUGAUACUUGCCAAAAAGGACUACUAUGAAAUUUUGGGAGUGCCCAGAGAUGCCAUUGAACGUCAGAUAAAAAAGGCAUUUCACAGGCUGGCUAUGAAGUAUCACCCUGACAGGAACAAAAGCCCAGACGCUGAGACGAAGUUCAGAGAAAUUGCAGAGGCAUAUGAGACAUUGUCGGAUGAGGCGAAGAGACAAGAAUACGACCAGUUUGGACACAGUGCGAUAUUUAAUGAGGGCACUGAAGGUGGAAAGGGGCAACAUUUCCACCAACACUUUAACUUUAAUUUUGACAACAUGUUCAAGGACUUUGAUAUCCACAGUCAGAAUAGACAUUCCCGGCAUAAGAGACACUUUGAGGAGCACCUUCGGUCCCACCAGGAGGCCCACGCUAGGCACAAGAGGAACUUUCAAGGAAGCUUUGGCGCUGGUGCUGUUUUUGAUGACGUGUUUGACAACAUGGAAAAGUUGUUCACUUUUGACCAGCACCACAAGCGGACUGACAGUACGUUUCAAGGGACUGCAAAACAGCACUGUAGAACGGUUACACAACGUAGAGGGAAUAUGGUGACUACAUAUACUGACUGCACUGGGUCUUAAUAAAGCAAAGGAAAGCCUUCUAGUGUUAAUGUGACCUACCACAGCACACUGCAACUGCAAAGGCACCUGUUGCCUGGAUACAACUUAGUUUUAAUGCUGUGAUAUGAGUGUUAGUCAAGACUAACCAGAUACUUUUCAACACUAUAGCACUGAUCUGUAAAACAUCUUUCUCAGUUUACAUAAACUAUAGGUCUGAGUUGGAACGAUAGGUCUGUUUAUAGUGUGCAGACAUUUAAAGCUAUAUUAAUUGUUAAUCUGUGCCAGACCCCUUCACAUUUACAUCUAAACCCCUGAUAAAUACUAAUUAGCCUUUAGUUAGUAAGUUCCUCCCAAAUCUAAUCUGGUAAUGCCAUAAGCACCUUCAAAUGAGAACAUUUUGUCUUUUACAUUCUACAUUUUGGUUAGUAUUCUCUCUAGUUUGUUAAGCCAAACCCUAUUGUAAAUCUUGCCAUGGUGUAAACAAAAAGAGGUGGGCCACAAAAACACUGGGUCAGUUUCGCUUGUGUUGUUUAAAAGGUGCAACUUUGUCAGCAAAAUUGUCCGGUCAGAACAUAUAGCUUAGCUAGGCCCUAGUUGAACCCCCUAUUUUGAUGUUAACAAAAGGACAGUAUAUUAUGCUGGUUUUGCCCACCACUCAUAGUCAAAAGUAUAUAGAAGAAAAUGUAGUCUUAAAAAGGGAACAAAGCAAUUAGCACUUAUUAAGCAACAUUUAGUCCAGCAGAGUAAUAAUGAUAGUUUGCUGAUGUUUGGUUUUAGCUAGCAUAUCACCCGUUACCUUAUUUUUCAUGUAGAAUAGAGAGGUUUAAGUUUUCCAGAUUUGUUGUGCAAUAUUGUAUGUCUGCCACCCCAAGUUUUCCACAUUGUCAAUUGUGGAGAAUAUCUUCAGUUGUUAAAGCACUUUUAUAAUAUGAAUCCUCCUAUUGGCAUGUUUUAUUUUGGUAUUAUUAUCAAAGAAUGUAAAAUAAUAAGUAAAAAGCUAUCUU